ACACGUACAUUGAAAAAGUCUUGAAGCAUUCAAAAAAUUGCUUUUCUGAAAACAGUACACCGCUCUGCAAUUUGUCCAGCGGGUUCUCACGGUGGAACCCUUUUGCCCACGGGAUAGUUGUUAGCCUCCCAAGAAUAACCUAAAUGGUUGUGUCCCUUCUGAUUCUAUCAUUUCCGACUUGCUCUUGCUCUUCCUUUUCCCUUUCUUCCCGUUUAUACUCUCUCCAAAAAUCACCACUUUCUCUACAACAGUUCUUCCUCAACAACUUUGUUCUUCUGCUGCUGCGAACUUCUAAAAUGGCAAGACCAUUUGAGCUGGUGAAAGACAUUAAUGACACAAAGGAGCUAUGGAAAAUAGCUGUGAGAGUCCAUCACAAAUGGACUGUUGUGAACAAGAAUAAGGAACAUUUUGAAAUGCUUUUGUGUGAUAAAGAAGGAUCUGAUAUACAUUGUAGAGUUCCUACAAUGUAUAAACAAGCUUUCGAUUCAUUGUUGACGGUCAAUGGCACGGUUACAGUAUCAAACUUCCAAGUAUCCUUGAAUGAUCUGUUGUUCAAGCCUUCUGAUCACAAAUUUGUGUUGACUUUUAGUGGCGGCACAUCUGUGACUGACAUAAACAAGCAUGAGAUUCCUCCUAGGCCCCUUAAGUUCACACCUUUUGCUGAUAUUCUUACUGGAAAAUGGAAAAGGGAUGUUUUAAUAGAUGUAAUAGGAAUGGUUUCAGAUAUUGGUUACACCCAAAUUCAAGAUGGAAACAAGAAACAACAGAUUAAUUUAGUCUUGAAAGACUUAUGUAAUAACAUUCUCAAUUGUACUUUGUGGGAGGGAUACGCAAUGCAAUUCCAUGAUUUCAAUAAACAAAGGAAAGAUUUAUCUUCACCAAUUGUUAUUGUUUUGCAAUUCGCAAAGGUCAAAGAGGAAGGAAAAUAUCCUGUAUGUGUUUCAAACACAUUUAAUGUAACAAUGUUGCACAUCAAUGAUGACCUCGCUGAAAUUAAGGAGUUCUUAAAUAGUAUCCCAAAGCAAUGUUUAGCCGAUACUUCCGGUCAGAGUAUGACAUCGAUGUCCCAACUGUCUCAGACAUCUGGUAGCUCCCAACUAAGCCCGUACGAUAAAUUUAUGUAUAAGGCUUUGGUUCUCCCACUAAGUGUUGUUAAAAAGCUUACCGCUCUUCUCAAGGAGGUUGGUAUUACCAAGCAUGCCAUGCUUGUCCAAGUAAAGCUAAAGGAAAUCAACCACCCUACGUUUGUAGUAACAAACACAAUACUGAAACUGAAAUUUACAGGUAUAAAGUUCUCAUUGAAGUUUUCAACGAAGCCUGCAAAGCUAUUUUUGUUCUGUGGGACCGCGAGUGUUCACAACUACUGGACAUUACUGCUGCUCAGUUACGUAACACAAUGCUUGAGGAUAGAAGUGUCAUCAACCAGCUUUUGCAUUCAUGGGGACAAGAAUCUAUACCGUCACCAUCACGUGAAGCCGAUAUCAUCAAGCAGCUGACAGAAAGUGUCGAUGAAGCUGUAACAAAUGAGGAUUGUACUGUCGUUACGGAUGUUGAUAUUACAUCAGAACAUAUCCCUCUCCCUGUUACGCCGACUUCAGCCAACAAAAGAAUUGCUCCUCCUAUUUCUA